GCUUUCGGCUCAUUCUGCCUGGGCCGGUCAACGGAAGGAUUGCACAGUUUGGGCAUCACGUGACCUGCAGCCAGAAAAUGGCGGGCGCUGGGGAAGAUUCGAGAGCGCUCUUCGGCGCUGGCGUCCGCGCGGCGCUGGAGGCCUGGCCGGCAUUGCAGAUCGCUGUGGAGAACAGCUUCGGGGGCGUGCACAGCCAGGAGAAGGCCGAGUGGCUGGGGGGUGCCGUGGAAGAGUACUUCUUCCGCAAUGAGGGUCCUAUCCUUUCAUACUCAGCUGACUUGGAGCUAGAGGAGGUGGAGGACUUCCUUGGUGAGCUCAUGACGAACGAGUUUGACACAGUGGUGGAGGACGGGAGUCUGCCCCAGGUGAGCCAACAGCUGCAGACCAUGUUCCAGCACUUCCAGAGGGGUGAUGGGGCCGCUCUGAAGGAGAUGGCCUCCCACAUCACCCAAAGAAAGUGCAAGGUUAGAGCCACCGCACUUACGACAUCCAGCGAGGCAGAUAAGGAUGAUGCAGACAGCGUGGAGGAGAUGGAGGUCACAGCUACAAAUGAUGGGGCAGCUACUGAUGGAGUAUGCCCCCAGCCUGAACCCUCUGGUCCAGACUCCCAGACUAUUAAGGAAGAGGAUAUAGUGGAGGAUGGCUGGACCAUUGUUCGGAGAAAGAAAUGAGUGGGGCUGGAAAUGGUUUGGGCCCUUGUUUGUUAGUUGUUUUGACAUUCGUUUUGGAGGGUUGUGGACCUCUGGACUGGUUAUCCCAUCUCCACCCUCUCCCUGUUCCCGUCCAGCUCCCUCCAGGGGAAGAAGAGCUGUAGGGUCCUCGGUCUUGCGGUGGUAGGACCUGGUUCAUCACAUCCCCUUGGGCCUUAGAUUAUAAUCUGAGCGAUGAGGCUUGGUUUCCCAGCACAGUGCUUCUUGGAUACAGUCAGCGUGAAGAGGGAAGAAUGAGUGGGUGUGAGCAUGGCUGGAGGACAGACCUACAUGCUGGUUCGUGCCGGGCAUGUGGAUUUGUGAAGGGAGAGGACCAGC